AACCUUUUUAACCCUAUUACAAGUGCAAUAAGGUUUCAAAUUAAUUAUUGAUCCACUUUCCAUCUUAAUACUUUUUCUUCUUUCAGAAUGAUAUACAAAAAGAAUCACAAGCCAAACCCCAAGAGUUUGUAAAUUCAACUCAAAUACAAAGACCGUUAGAUUCAAAUUCAACUUUCUGUGAAACUCAAAAUGACCACAACCACUUAGUUAAGCCAAAUGAAGUCCAUACAAACAAUUAUAACACAAUUUUCAAGCUAAAUGGAGCAACUGAACCAAAUGAAGCACAUUUAAAUGGUCCAAAUGAAGUUACUUGUAUUUCUGAUCAUACAUACUAUGAUUCGCAAGCGACAGAACUGUAUACUUUGUAUGAAACCCAAAACUGUACCCAUGUUAGUCAAAGUCAGAAUAUUGAUGAAAUUUUAAUAAACAACAAACUACUUUUCAAAAACAAUAAUGCUCAACCUUUAAAUACUACAAACUAUGAUACGGAAAGUGGUAUAACAAUAAAUAAAGAUCCAAAAGUAAUUCAAUUUAGUCAAAAAACAACAGAAUCAAAACGAAAAACAAUAGAAUAUACAGCAGAAACAGUAAUAAAUGCAACAAUAAAUGAAGUAAUUGAAAAUACAAAUGUAUUGGAUGAAAAUACAAAUGAAACUUUAAUAGAAAAUGAAUCAUUCCCUCAAUACGCUCAAGAUAUUGACAUAGAAUUUACUGAAAAUCCAAAUGUAGUUGACAAUUAUAAAACGAAUGAAAUUGAACAUGAAAAUAACGAAGAAAUGAAUGAUAAUGUAAAUAUAAAUGACCAUAAUAAAAGAAAUGAAACUGAAUAUGAAAAUAACGAAGAAAAUAAUGAUAAUAAUGUAAAUACAGAUAAUGCAUCGCAAAUAGUGACGUUUAAAGUUGUAGAGGAAUUGAAUAAAGUAAAAAACUAUAUAAAUAAGAGAAUUGAACGAAGACUGAGCAACGAUGGGUCUAUAGAUUCAGGGUAUAGAAGCGACAGCCAAACGAAAUGCUCUUUUAGAAGUUCACUGCAGCUCUCUGGAAACUGGAUAAACCAGUCAGCCCAUAGUUUGUUCGAACACAUCACCCAAUGCCCACUGCUGGGCACCACGCAUGAGAUCAUUGGAGAAAUUGCACAGGUUUUAGGCCAACUAAUAGACAAACUGCACGAAGAAGAGAGAUACCCUUCAUUUUUCGAUGAACUGCUUGAUAAUAUUAAUUUCCUGCUGAAGGACAUUCACCAAGGAAGCGGUGGGGAAGACGUGUUACUACAAAAAGACGAAAAAAUGCAACGAUUGCUGCUACUAAACAAAUCCAUGCACAUACAAAAGUAUACUAUAGAAAAAAUAACUUCUUUACUAGAAAACGUAUUAUCACAUCUUAUAAACACCGAAGAACCUUAUGAAAUAUCGAAUAUUAAUGAAAUUGAGAAUAUGUCUUACAUAUUUCAUAUUUUAGAAGUAAUAUUACAAAGGUACGUAAGAGGCAAAAAUGUGACAGGUCAAGAAAUAACAAAUUCUCAAUUGGAAUUAAAAAAGACUUCUAUAACAGAAUUGUGGAGACGAAAAUGGAAUCCAAAUUAUAGAGAAGAUGCUGUACAAGACUUUACGCCAAAAAAGUGUGUUUUAAUACAUUGUAAUGAAGUACUUAACAAAAUUGUCGUAAGUUGCAUGGAUGGGUACAGUUUAGUCGCCUUCGCUGCGUUGAACUGUUUUAAUAUUUUGCAAUCUUAGAUCGAUUAAAUACAUAUUUUUGUAUAAUAAAAAAUCUAAUAAAAUUGUAUAAUGUUCGUAUAUUUUGAGGGUAGUAGCAGGAAAAAGAAAAUUGAGUAGUUAACAUCACCCAAACUCUCUGAAAACAUGCAGUUUUAAUAGUAAAAUCGGAUUUUCAGUUUGAAAAUUAAUGACGUCAUAGGUCCCUAUUGCUAUUCUAAAUAAUUACGCAAUAAAUUCAUAAAAAGUAUGAAAAUUUAUUGGUGGUGUCAACUACACAAUUUUAUUGUGUACUUAUUAUAAUUAAAAGAUCAG